CAAGAAUAUAUCUAACCUAUUGGAAUGCAAUAGCCCCACAUGUAUGAUUCUUGAUAAUUGCUUCUCCUCAGUCUUAACUUUCUUGUUUCACUCAAAGCACUCAAGAAACAAAAUCAAGAAUCAAGCUUUUAUCCAAAAUGAAAUAUUCCCACAUGUAUUGUACAUCUUAGCUAAUGCUUGUUAUCCCAUUACUUCUCCUACAUCUUCCUUUGGUUUCACUCAAAGAACACAACCUUAGAUUUUUUAGUCUAAAAAACAAGUUCAUACCCUCAGUCAAACUACUGAACUCAAUCUCUUGCUAUCGUUUACUCGUCAAUUUUCUGUUGAAGCUCGUCCUGCCUACGCUAAGUACUAUCUCGACCAAAAUUCCAAGAAAAUGGAUCAAUUGCAACCACAACAACCGACUCAAGUUUAUCCUAAUAAUCCAAACAAUUUCCCUAAUCAACCAAACAAUAUCCCAAUGACUCAAUCCUCUUCUUCUCAUAAUUCAAAUGGUUCAUUUGUGAGUGUUUUUGUUGUCCUGGCUAUAGUUUUGGUCAUAUCUCUUAUUGCUUGUGUUGCGGGACGCAUAUGCAGCAAGAAAAGUCAUGGUCCUAAGGUGAAGAAAAGUCAAGGUCACCCACAAAAACAAAAGGAGGGAAAGAAGAAUAAGCACAAUGAGUUUCAUAAUAAAAGAGAAGGAGGGGAUAUAGAAUUUGGAUUUGAUAAAAGAAUUGCAAGUUCUAAAGUGGCUGCAGCACAUGGAGAUCAUUAUAAGGGGUCUAAGCCUUUUAAGAAUAGUGGAGGUAAAGGGGGAGUCAGAUUUUCUGAUAAUCAUAUUGAUUUCAAGCUUGGUCCAUGAAAAUUAGUAGAAAAAUAUGUUUAGAGAGGAACUCCCUUUAUGCACUAAUUACUGGGUGGUAAUUUUUAUUUUAUUUUGUUAAAUUUUAAGUUUUUCUAUUACAUGAAGGAAGGCAAAGAGAAAAGUAAUGGUACUGGUGAGAAUCUCACAUUUAUUGUGUGAAAACUCUCACCGAUAUCAUCAUACUAUAAGUUCUGCUGGUAAUUACUUGGUAAUUGUUCCUCGUGUUUUUCUUUUUCUGGUUAAUUGUAGCUUUUGGCCUGGGUUUUUUGUUUUGUACUUAUGCCUAUGCACAUGAUUGUUGUGUCGGGAUUGUCAAAAGUGUAGUAUUUUCAGCUUUUAUCAUCAAUUGGAAUAUAUGGUUGGGGGUUCAAGAAAA